GCCGCGAGGGGGGCCAGCCGCCCCAGACAGGUGAUGGGCGUUUCGGCUGCGCUCCGGAUCGACUCCUUGGGUUUCACUUUGGUCUGAUCUAAGCAAAUAUGCAGAAGUACCGGCUGGUCUAGUCGUAAGAGCCAAGAGGAGCGAGCGAGAGCAGCAGAAAGGAGAGCAGCCGCGCUCCCGUAGCGAGGGGAACGUACAAACAGCGGCAGCGCCGUAAUUAAACCACCGCCGCCCCGAGGCAGCCCCGACCCACCCUGGAUGCGGAGGACCCCCGAGCCACCCCGCUGCCUUUCCCCUGAGGGAUGGUACUGAAUUUCUGCGCGGCAGGAGCCGGCCUGCAGCUCCUCUCCAGCAGCGUUGCCUUCCCCCCGUCUCUAAAGUGCACUAGACCGCGAUGAGGACCUGGGCUUGCGUGUUGCUGAUAGGUUUUGGCUACCUGUCCUUUACCUUCUCCGAGGAGGCCGAGAUCCCGCAGGAGCUCAUCGAGCGGCUGGCGCACAGCGAGAUCCACAGCAUCCGCGACUUGCAGCGCCUCCUGGAGAUUGACUCCGUAGGAUAUGAUGAUGUUUCAGAAACAAACUUGAGAUCUUAUAGUGUUCAUUCUGCUAAACAUGUGCAAGAGAAUCGUCCUGUGCCCAUUCGCAGAAAAAGAAGCAUUGAGGAAGCCAUCCCGGCUGUCUGCAAAACACGGACGGUUAUAUACGAGAUACCUCGGAGUCAGAUUGAUCCCACCUCUGCCAACUUCCUGAUAUGGCCGCCCUGCGUGGAGGUGAAACGUUGCACGGGCUGUUGCAACACCAGCAGCGUGAAAUGCCAGCCAUCGCGGAUACAUCACAGAAGUGUCAAGGUUGCAAAAGUGGAAUAUGUUAGAAAAAAGCCAAAAUUAAAAGAAGUUCUGGUGAGAUUAGAAGAGCAUAUGGAAUGCACCUGUACAUCAUCAAAUACUAAUUCAGAUUAUAGAGAAGAAGAAACUGGAAGGCCUAGGGAAUCAGGUAAAAAACGGAAACGAAAAAAGUUAAAACCAACAUAAAACCUACUGGAACUAUUUGAUAUUCAGAUGUAAGGUGAAAAUAAGCUAGAAAAAAAACUUCUCUCUGGGACAUGGAUGUACAUGGUUUGUUACAUUCCUGAACCUACUAUGUAUGGUGCUUAUUGACUGUAUACUUUAUUUGUUCUCCUAUGUGAAAAAACUGGCUCAAAAGAACACUUAAUGAGAACAAAGGGACAAUGUACAUUUGUUUAAUGUGACAUCAAAGCAAGUAUUGUAGCACUCUGUGAAACAAUAGGAAGCUUCCCUGUCCAAAAAAGAAAAAAAAAUGAAAGAAAGAAAAACAGAAAAGAAAAAAAGACAGUUGAAUGAAUGGAGGAUACCAAAAGUACUCAAAAACAUGACAAAAAUCUAAGUGAAUAGUGGAUUUCUGUCAGAGCAGUCAACGGUGCUUUACGUCAAGAAAUGUGCCUGCGUUCUUGAUGAAGAUGGAUGGACAUUGAUGGACUUCAGGCACAAAAAAAGCAGGAAUGUAUGAAAUGAUCAAAUGCCACGCAAACACUAUAGAACAAUACAUCCUUGCUUGGUGGUGUUUUAAAAGUCUAUACAAAAAAACCUUCUGGGGAGCCUUAAGUGGAUUUUUUUUUUUUUUACACCAUAAAGUGAUUAUUAAGUUUUCUUUUUACUCUUUGCCUAGCUUUUUAUUAUCUCUUGGACUACAUUUGCCAAUAACACAUAUAAAAGACUGGUAUAACAAUAAGCAGAACACAAAACAUUAUGGUAUUUCUCCUAGUGGGAUGCAAACUAAUGAGAUGUAUUAAAAUAAAAAUGGUAUACCUAUGCAUAAUUUUCUAGACGUUUCUUGGUUUAUGUUCCCCAACCUCCCCCGUAAUUUAAAGCAUUACAUAAAAAGAAAAAAAAGAGAAAAAAAGAGAGAUGUGCGUAAACAAAUCAUAGGAUAUCCAUGCAAAAAUCCUUUUUUUUCCUUUAAGACUUAUGCCAGUUGCCUACUAGUGAUAUUGUGUUAGCAAUUGUCAUUCUUAUCAGUAUACAGAUACUUUUAUUUCACAUGUUGGAGCUGUGUGAAAUGUACAAAUUCUUGUAUCUGCAUUGUACAAUGUCAUGGUGGCAUGGGAACUACCUUGCUGCAAAUAUUUGAACAAAACCUAAAAUUCUUUAUUUUUGGUAAAAUGUUAUGCUUUAUGUGUAUUCAACAGAAAUAUGUGUUUUUGUAAAGGUGAAGUUUGUAUUUUUAUCUAAAAAUUAACAGUUUUAUAUACCUGAGAAAGCCUGCUAUGUUUUCUUGAACCAAAAAAAAAAAGAAAAAAAAGAAAAAAAAGCAUUUUGUGGUCAUAUUUUUGUAGUAGAAUAGCCCAAAUAACAUCAAAAUCUAUUUUAACUAUAGCAGGGCAGAUAAAAUAAUCUGGCAUCAGCUCCUGUGUUUUCAAAGUGCCAAAGGAUUAAAUGUUCAGUUCCCCACGGAUUGCAGUGGGAGCCACACGGCUAAAUCCUUCUGUACUGCUUUGGAAAUUUAGGGCUGUGCCAGAUAUGACAUGGCUGCUCACUUGGCCAAAAUCACUGCCCCACCCCAGUAGUUUGGAUUAUGUACCCUUUGUUUUAGUUGGAUUAUCGCAUUGGAUAUGUAAAAUGAACUACUGGAUUGUUUUAUUUGUGAAACAUCUACAAAGAGAUGAAAGAGUUUCCUUAGUUUGGAAUGACAAAAAAGUUUGUCUUGAAGAUGGUGUUUCCACUCAAAUAAAAAAUAUCUUCAAAUGUGAAUGAACUGUAGAACCUUAAAACAACAAGAGAGAGAGAGAUUUUUAACCUUUCCAUUUCUUUAAAUAUAGUUCAAACAUUCCCCUCCUGUUCCUGUAGCUACGUCCAGUUUCACCCAAACAAAGCAAUGUUAGCUAACAGGCAUUAUUGGCUUCAGAUGCUAAUGCAGAGAUAGAGUUAGUCACCGUUCUAUUUUGUGAUCAUUUUCCCAGUGUAUUUGUUGAGCACCAAAACUGGAAAUACAUUUAACUAAGAUUGUCUGUGCUUGUUUUCCACUAAGUGUACUGUUCACAAUGUUAUGCACAUGAAUGUAUGUGUCUGCGUUUAAAAAAGUGUAUAAAAUGUAAUUUAUAUAUUUAUGUUUCAGUGGGAUGCCAAUAAUGUUGCUCCGUUCUUUUUUUGUCUAAAAGAUAUCUAAUGAAAAAAACCAUGUAUCCAUUAAAAUCAUGUAGAUGAAAAGCAUUAUGUGACCCACUCAGACACUGUGCAGGUAUGAAAGGAUGUCAAAGUCACUUAAGUGGAAUAAUGUGCAAAACAACUUUUUGAGAGUCCUAUGGUUGCGCUGGCAUAAGGAGAUUGCAUUCAGA